UUUUGAAGCUACACACCAUGAUACAUUUUUUUUGAUAAGCACACCAUGAGACAUGUGAAAUGAAAUGAGUCAAAAAGAGAGAGUUGCUAAUUGGAACUGAUGAAGAAGAUUGAAGGGCUCUCAAGUCUGAAGUCUGAACACUGCAGUGUAGUGACGAGGUGAAUCCUUUGAAUAUCCCCUAAAAAGCACCUGGCCUAAACACCAGCAUCGUCCCCCAAUUCCCCACCCCACCACAACCAACAAAUCCAUAACAAAUUAACAGCAACCCCGCCCCACCGCGAUUGGAGAAGUUUCUCAAUGCUUUGGGCUCGACCAGGGCUCGGCGUUGGGUUCUGUAUCUGGUGGGUCGGUUUCCUGGCGGUUCCGCUGGUGGCUUUGUGGAUGGGCGACUGCUCCGAGUGCGAGAUCUACGAGCUUCGCGCCUGCGAGAUCGUGAUUGUAACCUUUCAGGCCACGCUCGUCGGCGCCUCCUUGCUCUGCCUCUCCCAUAACCUGUGUUCUUGUUGUUAAUACUCAUCUUCAUCUGGGUUUGGAAUCUUUUGGGUUCGAAAAUUGAAACAAGAGAUUUGAGGAUGAAGAAGGAGGAGAAAAUCAAAGAUGGAAGGGUGGUUGUGGUGGUGACUGGUGAGUGGCGCUGGUUGAAGGGAAGAAGAAAGGUGGUUGUCAAUGUGUGUGUGGCUAAGUGUGUAUGAGAUUAAAUUUGGGGCAAAAAAAAUCUAUUGAGUUUUUUUCUUGUAUACCAUGAGGAAGAUGAAGAUCAUGAAGGAAGAGAUGAAGAUUAUAGAUUUCUGGGUUUUGAGUUUUUAAUUAAUUUUUUUUUCUUCAGAAAUCGUGUAGGUGGUGCAGAAAGUAAGGGGGGGGUGAAAAUAGCAAGCUCCGUUAGCUUUCAAACGGCUAACUAACGGAAGGAGCAUAUUUUCUCAAAUUAAUACAUGAGGGAGAGAAUCUGCUCAUUUUAAACAUAAGGGAGAGAUUUCGCACAACGGUGAAAGAUGAGGGAGCAAAUGUGCAAUUAAGCCAAGAAAAAAAGAAAACAAAAUGUUGGUCAGUCGCAGUCGCACGCGAAUCGAGUAAUCCACAAGUUGGCGCGCGAGAGAAAACACCAUAAAGGGUUUUAGCCGUUGAUUUAUCCCUCACCCUAAAAUCCCUAAAACCCCAAAAAUCUCACUCUCACAAAUGGCACCACCGCCAUCUCUAUGAAACCCUCUUCCCUCCAAAACCCCCUCAACCCUCAUCUUCUCCACUCACCCUCCUCCUCCAUCUCCAUGGCACUUUCCUCCGCGCUCAGAGUCCUCAGACUCUCCCCUUUCGUCUCCCUCACGCGCCCCUCUCCGCUCCGCCUCGCUUCCUCGGAGCUCCGCUUCCUCUCUUCCGCUACCCGACGGCGCCCCGCCACGGCUGUCCGGGCCUCCGGAAACGGCAGCGUGACGGUUGUGAACGGUAACAGCAACAGUGGUAAUAAUGGUGAUGGCAGGAGUGAAGGAAGGAUUCUGACGAAGGAGCUUCACAAAGAGGCCACGGAGGCUUACAUGUCGUAUGCGAUGUCCGUGUUGCUCGGUCGUGCUCUGCCGGACGUUCGCGACGGGUUGAAGCCAGUGCACAGAAGGAUUCUAUUUGCAAUGCAUGAGCUCGGUCUCUCUUCAAAAAAAUCAUUCAAGAAAUGUGCAAGAGUUGUUGGAGAGGUAUUGGGAAAAUUCCACCCUCAUGGAGACUCUGCUGUGUAUGAUUCCUUGGUGCGGAUGGCUCAGGAUUUUUCGUUGCGCUAUCCUUUGAUCCAAGGUCAUGGAAAUUUUGGGUCAAUUGAUGCUGAUCCUGCUGCUGCCAUGCGUUACACAGAGUCCAGACUGGAAGAAUUGGCUGAAGCAGUGUUGUUGGCAGAUCUAGAGCUAGAUACAGUUGAUUUUGUUCCAAAUUUUGAUAAUUCACAGAAAGAACCAUCAGUUCUACCUGCUCGUCUUCCAAUCUUAUUGUUAAAUGGUGCUUCUGGGAUUGCGGUUGGGAUGGCUACUAAUAUCCCUCCUCAUAAUCUCGGGGAAUUAGUGGAUGUGCUUCGUGUGUUGAUACAUAAUCCAGAAGCUACUCUGCAAGAAAUGCUUGAAUACAUGCCGGGACCUGAUUUUCCAACAGGAGGGGUGAUUAUGGGAAAUCUUGGGAUCCUAGAAGCCUACCGAACUGGUCGAGGACGUGUUGUUGUCAGAGGGAAAACUGAGUUUGAAUUGCUCGAUUCUAAGACAAAACGGACUGCAAUAAUCAUUAAAGAGAUUCCUUACCAGACAAACAAAGCUGCAUUAGUAGAGAAGAUUGCUGAACUUGUAGAAAACAAGAGUUUAGAUGGGAUAAGUGAUAUUCGGGAUGAGAGUGAUCGUUCUGGAAUGCGUAUAGUCAUUGAGCUGAAGCGGGGAUCAGACCCAUUAAUUGUGCUGAAUAAUCUUUAUCGCUUAACGUCUCUACAGUCAACAUUUAGUUGUAACAUGGUGGGUAUUCUUAAUGGACAACCUAAACAAACGGGGUUGAAGGAAUUGUUGCAGGAAUUCUUAGACUUCAGAUGCUCUGUUAUUGAGAGACGUGCGAGAUUUAAGCUAUCAAAAGCACAAGAAAGGAGACAUAUUGUUGAGGGUAUUCUUAUUGGGUUUGACAAUCUGGAUCGGGUGAUUCACAUAAUACGUGAGGCGUCAAGUAACUCAAUUGCAACAGCUGGGUUACGCAAUGAGUUCAGUCUCUCUGAAAAACAAGCUGAAGCUCUUAUGGACAUCAGCCUAAGAAGACUGACCCGUCGUGAGAGCGGGAACUUUCUGGCUGAAAGCAAAUCUUUGAUGGAACAAAUUUCCAAGUUAGAAGAAUUAUUGUCCAGCAGGAGUAACAUACUGGAGGUCAUAGAACAAGAAGCAAUUGAGCUGAAAAAUAAGUUUGCCGAUCCAAGGCGUUCAAUGUUGGAGGACACAGAUAAUGGUCAACUAGAAGACAUUGAUGUUAUUCCAAAUGAUGAAAUUAUAUUGGCACUUAGUGAAAAAGGUUAUGUGAAGCGUAUGAAGCCAAACACUUUUAACCUUCAAAACCGUGGAACAAUUGGCAAAUCAGUGGGCAAACUAAAAGUGAAUGAUUCAAUGUCUGAUUUUCUUGUUUGUCGUGCACACGAUCAUGUCCUUUAUUUCAGUGAUAAGGGAACAGUAUACUCAGCUCGUGCUUAUAAAAUUCCUGAAUGUAGCCGGACUGCGGCUGGUACUCCACUUAUUCAGAUCUUAUCUUUAUCUGAUGGUGAAAGAAUAACAUCCAUUAUUCCUGUGAGUGAGUUUGCUGAAGAUCAGUUUUUGGUGAUGCUUACAAUGCAAGGUUAUAUCAAGAGAGUAUCCUUGAAUUCAUUUUCAUCAAUCAGAUCGACCGGAAUCAUUGCUAUUCAGUUGGUUCCUGGUGAUGAGCUGAAAUGGGUCCAUCUUUGCACAAAUGAUGACUUUGUGGCCAUGGCUUCCCACAAUGGAAUGGUCAUAUUGAGCCUAUGCAGUAAGAUUCGCACACUCGGAAGAAAUACGAGGGGGGCUGUGGCAAUGAGACUCAGGGAAGGGGAUAGGAUGGCAAGUAUGGACAUUAUACCAGCAGCCAUGUGGAACAACUUGGAAUCCUUAUCAAAAUCUCCUGGAAACAAUGGGAAGAGCCAAAAUGGCCCAUGGUUGUUGUUUGUUUCAGAGAGUGGCUAUGGAAAGCGGGUUCCUUUAAGCAGUUUCCGAAUGUCAUCUUUGAAUCGAAUUGGUUUGAUAGGAUACAAGUUCUCUGCUGAGGAUCGCUUGGCUGCUGUUUUUGUGGUUGGGUUCUCAUUAGCAGAGGAUGGUGAAAGUGAUGAACAAGUGGUUCUCGUAAGCCAAAGUGGUACAGUGAACAGAAUUAAGGUUCGGGAUAUUUCAAUACAAUCUCGAUUUGCAAGGGGUGUUAUUUUGAUGCGGCUUGAUCAUGCUGGAAAGAUUCAGUCAGCUUCCUUGAUCUCAGCAACAGAAUGCGAAGAGCCUGAGGAAGUUCUGGAAGUUGCCCAAGGCUAGUUGUACAUGAUCCUCCAUGUUUCGAAGGGUUUACUUUGCCCAAAUGCAUAUCUGAUUUGAAGUUUAGCCCUUGACAAAGUGCUGCUGCUUGGUUCUAGUUUUCCUCCUGCUCCAUUUUGUACAAUGUUUUUGUUGAUAGGUAUGUGGCGGGAAAAGGGGCUAGUUUAUUCUUCAGUUCUUGUAAAUUAUGACUGAAGAAUCAAGCGAAUUUGGGGCUAUAUAGUUAUUGGCGCAAAAUUUCAAUCAAUUCUAUGUGUUGUAACAAAAGCAUUAUUAGAAAAGCCCACUAAUCUAUUGGAUUUAAAUUA